UGCAUUUCAUAUAAAUGUUGCAGUUGUCACCUUCAUCCUCAUAUAUAAAUCUAGAAAACUGGUGAAGUUGUUCUUGUGUUUGAAAAAAAUAAAUAAAAUUAUUUUCAUAAUGUUCGUUGUGAGGUGUUCUUCUUUUGUGGUGGCGCUGUUUUGUUUAGUGAGCGUUUAUGCUCAAUCUGGUGAUGAAGAGGCAGGUAUAAAAGAGGCUUUGCGCCCCUUUGUACAAGAAUGUGCAGAUGAAUUCGGGAUUACUGAAGAACAAUUCGAAGAAGCAAAGAAAAACGGCAAUGCUGGUGAUAUCGAUCCUUGCUUUAUGAGCUGUUUCUUAAAGAAAGCUAAAUUUUUAGACAGCCAGGGUAAAUUUGACGUAGACAGCAGCAUAGCUUUCGUCAAUGACAAUAUGGACGGGGGACCGGCAAAGCAGUUCCUUAGCGCUGUCGGAGAAGAAUGUGAAAAAAUUAAUGAUGAAGAUGUCAGUGAUGGAGACAAAGGAUGCGAUCGAGCUAAAAUGCUGUUUGACUGCAUAGUUGACACCAAGAAGAGAUGGGAUGAUUAAAAAACAACAGAUAUACAUACUGAUACACAAACAGAUUUUUCUAUAUGUUUUGUUAUUUAAGAAAUAAAGGCUUGAUGAUACCACAUGAAAA